AUGUCCAGCCCGCCAAGUAAGCACAUGGCCGCAGUUGUCCCCGCAAAGGGUCAGCCCUUAACAGUCGAGGAACGAUCAACUCCCACCUGCGGCCCCAAAGAAGUGCUCAUCGAGGUCCACGCCGUUGCACUAAACCCAGUCGACCAUGUCCAACGAGACCUGGGUUGGUUUCUCGACGAAUAUCCCGCCAUUGUCGGAUCCGACCUCGCAGGAAUCGUGGUCUCAAACGGCAGUGAAAACAGCUCUUCGACCCCUAAGCCCCGCACUCGAGUCAUUGCAUUUGGAAGCGCCUUCUUGCACAGGGGUCAACCCGACUAUGGGGCUUUGCAGCGAUACGUCGUGGUGAGCGAGGAUAGUGUGGCUGCGCUACCAGACUCGUAUUCCUUCGCCGAGGGCUCCAUGUUCCCCAUGGCAGCGGUCGUCACUUGGAAUGCGUGGUUCUGGGCUGGGCUCUCGAUCGAGCCGAUCUCGCUUUCAGAGAAGAAGGGGAUUCUGAUCUGGGGAGCCUCGAGUAGUAUGGGUGCGUUUGCAGUUCAGACGGCGAAACUGCUCGGCUACACUGUCUAUGCAACAGCAAGUUCGCAACAUCAUGCAUAUCUCGAGACCCUGGGUGCAGCGCGGGUCUUCGAUUAUAAGCGAGACUCGGUCUCUGCAGACAUAGUGGGCGCCGCAGAAGAGGAGGGACUGAGUAUUGAGGUUGGACUGCAUGCAACUGGCUCGCAGCAGACCUCGAUCGAUGUGAUGAGUCGACUUGCGAAGAACAGUCAGGCAAAGCUGGCGAUUGCACCGUUGCUGGACAAGGACGCGAAGAUCCCCGACAAUGUGCAGACUGCUUUUGUGCAACCGCCCGCGUCGCCGACGGCACGAGAGGAACGAAUGUCCUGGGUCUUUGGAACAUGGCUACGGGAACAUCUGGCUGCGAAGCAAUUGGUCGCCAGCCCGCAUAUCAAGAUCGUCCCAGGUGGAUUGCAAGCCGCCAACCAAGCUCUUGACGAGCUCAAGGCUGGUGUGAGCUGCACCAAACUUGUUCUUGAGCUCUAG